AUGGAACCUUCUGGGGCCCCCGAAAGCUAUCUGACUGCGUUUCUUGGCCGUGAGAUACCAUUUUUUCGAACCAAAACGUUAUGGAGGAUUGGCAACAUCCAGAAGGAGAAGACCAGGGUGCAUGAUGAAGAGGAAGGAACUAUUCGAGAGGCUACGGGUGUUUGUACUGCUACUCAGGUCGAUGGAGCUUCCUUUGGUGAAGAAGCUAUCAUAAAAAUCAAACUGCAGCUUUCACCGUGGGAUGACCCAAAUUUUGUAGGCCCUAGCCGGGAGGCCGAACGUGAGAUUGAAAACCUGGAGCAGUUGACGAAAAAGGGCUGCAAAUCCACACCUAGGAUUAUCGAUCAUGGAAUCUUUAGGCAGGGUGACACAGGAAGUCUCCCCAAUGGGUACAUUGUAUUCAUUUUGAUGGAAAAGGUUCCCGGGCAAAAUCUAGGUAACUUUCAUAAUUUUUCACUGGAGGAGCGGAAUUUACUGAGGAUUGCAUUUAUAAAGGCAGUGUGGGAGUUUCGCAGCAAUGGAUUUUAUCACCAUGACCCCCGCAGGGAGAACCUUGUUUGGGAUAACGUAUCUCAGCGAUGCUUUAUUGUGGAUCUAGAAGACGCUGAAGAUAUGGAACUGACGGAAAAGGAUAUAUGUCUUGACCCACUGACUGAAUUCUCGCUGUGGAAUCUACGCGGAAAAGAAAAGAGGCCUUUUGAUGAUGAUGGUACUGGACUACACGACAUCCGCUAUGUGGGUAAUCUUUCUUUCUGGAGCGACUUUAAGAAAGAGGUUCGCAAUGUGUUUAAGGAGAUUCCGUGGAAGGAUUAUCCACAGCCUAUGUCGGCUAGGCUCAUAUCUGGGGAUAUCUUCCACAAUGAGCACUUCCGAUGUGGUGCGGAGAUCUCUACCAGUGGUAGAUAUGGAAAUUAUGUAUUGAACCCAAUAGCUGGAAUUGGUAAAACCCUGGGAUACGACCUUUGCUUUGGGGACUGGAACGUGACAGGUGUCAAGCUAGAAUGGCCUAAUCCCGCACCCAACGAAGCCCCUGAACUUGAAAAAGAACUAGGGCAAAAAAAUAGGUCGUCUAUACCAGACUACGUACUGGUAGACCAAACCAACAAACCACGCGCUAUUGGUGAAGCAAAACAUCCAUGGGGAACUACACCAGAAGUGUAUAUAAGAGAAACCAAGAAAGGAAACGUUAUAAAUGAGAGACUACUACGCAAAUUUCUUGGGCAGAUAGCCAGGGACAUGUGGGCUGCAAAUUUAAAGUUUGCGUUUAUGACCAACUACGAAUGGACUGUAUUUGUUCGUCGGGAGUUUGUUGAUGAAAAGUGGACACUUUUUUAUUCAGAUGCAAUUGAUUUCAAGUCGAAAUCAAUACUAAAUCCCGGCAACAUGUCUGAUAUGCAAGUGUCAGUGCGUGAAUGCAUGCUAUACCUCCUCAAAAUUACUUCGGGGACAAGCUGGUCAUUGAAAGGUCUUCAGCGAGAGCCACUCACGGAGUGGGUGGAAAUAAAGGCUAAAAAGACAAAAGAAAAGAAGGAUGCAGACACUCCAUCUUUCCUGCCAGAGCUUCAGGCAAAACGUGGUCUACCACUAGGAAAAUCGUCUACUUCAACAGACACUGAAGCUUCGAACAAGGCAUCAACUCAAAUAGCCUCUUACACAAAACCCCCAACGUUAACACCGUCAGAACCAGGACCGAAACAGCCCGGGCUGCCUCGUACACCCGAUGCUUCUGGUCGGCCAGAGCAAAAAGGAAAAGCAAAGGAAACAAGCAGUGACCCUAAAUCUGGGGGCACAGCAUCUACACAGUCUACACAGCAAAAGUAUACGAAAGUUGAAGUAUCAAGCCAGCCGCAACCUAAUGGGGAAGUAUAUUAUGCAUACAAAUUAGAUCAGAAGUGGAGUGCAACCCCAGCACGGGAAUGGACAGUGCGUAACAACCAAAUCUACCACGAAGACAAAUUAUUGAUGUCGAACAUUCCCAAAAAGAAAUCGACGAAAUAA